UGAAUGAUCAUAACUGUCUCUGGAUCACAGCUGAGAGCCACUCAACCAGCAGAACCUUCAGCACCACUGGCACGACUCAACACCACAGGAUACAGUUCAGGAUGUUAAGCUUUGUUGUGCUUGUUUUGGCCUUUAUGUUUGACACAAGAAUAUGUCACGCAGUGGGAACAGAGCUGAGAAUCACCACAAUAAAGCAAGAACCGUUCACCAUAUCGAAAGGCUCAGAUUUUGAAGGCUUCUGCAUGGACCUGCUUUUUGAAGUGGCCAAAAAAGUGGGAUUCAGAUACAAAGUGCACCUGGUGAAAGACGGCUUGUACGGCAAAGUGGACGAGAGCGGGCGCUGGAAGGGGAUGAUCGGAGAGGUCAUCCAAGGGGAGGCAGACUUGGCCGUAGCGCCUCUCACUGUGACAGCAGCUCGAGAGAAGGCUGUGGGGAUGACAAAACCGUUCAUGCAGACGGGAAUCAGCAUCCUUCUCCGCAGAGACAGCUCGGAAAACCAGGGAUCGUUCACCUUCCUCGCCCCAUUUAACACUCAGACCUGGGUCGGCCUACUAGUGGCUUAUCUGGGAACUGCAGCCUGCAUGUUUUUAAUUGCACGGUUGAGUCCAUGUGAAUGGGCUCCUGAGAGUGAUCAGAACAGGUUCAGUGUUGUGCACAGUUUGUGGUAUACAGUUGGAGGUUUGACAUUACAAGGGGCUGGUCCUCAUCCAAAGUCUCUCUCUGGUCGUGUGGUCAGUUCCUGUUGGUGGAUAUUCACUCUGUUCCUUUUGGCCCAUUAUUUUACAAACCUGAGCUCCUCAAACGCUGCACAAUCCUCGUCUUUAACAGUGAAAGGGUUUGACGAUCUGGCCAAUCAGGAAAAGAUGGAGUAUGGGUGCCUGGCGGGGUCUUCUACUCUUGCAUUCUUCAAGAAUUCCAAUAACAUGGUGUAUCGGAGGAUCUAUGAGCACAUGGAGAGGAGGAAGAGUUUUGUGUCUUCGAUGGAUGAGGGGGUGCGCAGAGCCAAAGAGGGAAACUACGCCUUCAUCGGAGAGUCCGUGUCUCUGGAUAUGGCUGCGGCUCAUCACUGUGAACUGGUCCGGAGUCAUGAGGUCAUCGGGAUGAGAGGAUACAGUUUCGCAGCACCGAUUGGCUUCCCUCUCUUAAAGAACUUGAGCGUGGCGAUCCUGGAGCUGAGUGAAGCGGGGGAGCUGGCUUACCUGCGCAGUAAGUGGUGGCCCAGUCAUUGCUUGGACCAGGACCAGACCGGGACCACACAGGGACCUCUGCAGGGCCUCAGGGGGCUGUUCCUGCUCCUGUCUCUGGGCUUGGGACUGGGGCUCCUGCUGGCCCUCCUGGAGCUCACCGCACACAGCCGAACCAGAGCAUCAGAGCAGAAGAAAUCUUGUUGCUCCGUGCUGGUUGAACAGCUAAGUCUGCGCUUCAUGCCCCACAAAGCGAUACCACAGGAAACAAGUGAUAACAAGAAGGACCAACCAUAAAAUCCAAUGGCAAUUUU